AUGCAAGAACAAAACAAUGAAAUCGAUCAAGAAAAAGUGCUUUUAGUCGACUCCGAUGACAUUCCACGAACUCAAAAAUUGCGCAAGAAAAACUGGAAAUGUGUCUUUCCCAAUUGCAACGAACCCUUAAAAACACGGUUCAAUUGCUACGCACACGUCUGGGACGCGCAUUUGCGAGCGUAUUACACACAACAAUUUCCCGACUUGUAUCCGAAAACUGCGUUUAAGAAGACUGCGAACAAAACGCCGAUGAAGAGUGUAUGUGAGAAGUACAUGUUACAACUAGUUGAGAAGACUCAACCGAAAGAGAAGAACUCGGAGAGUUCUGCGCCACAUUUGAAUACCGACACGCACGAAGAAAGUUCCUCGAAGAACGUCGAGGAAAACAUUUCAGCGCCAAGUUCGCCACAAGACUACCCCUUUGCAUUUUUACAGAGUCAACUGCUUGGACAAACGGAGUCGGGGAUCACUCAUACGGAGUCCCCUAAUCCAAUUCAAGGCACCACACAGAACUACCAAGCUAAUGAAACACAAAUUGGACAAACACUUCAAUUGAAUCAAUUGAAUCAAAUGAAUCAAUUCAAUCCACUCAAUCCAUUGGGACAAAUGACCGAGAUGGAGACAUUCCAAUUACAAAACAUCCAAAAUCAGACGGGAGAACCCGACUUCAUCAAAAUCGAACAAAUCACAGAACAACUGAGGCGGUUACACGUGUUUGGGGAGAUCUUUGCGGAGAACGGGUAUUUGGUGCGGUCGGAUGCGCGGAGUAAAACGGACAUCAAACGGAUAGAAGACGCGUUAAAGAGUGUGACUGGACUUGUAGGGCGGAAGUUUGCGUAUAAGACUGAUGCGACGAAGAUGAAGUAUGGGUUCAUCGCACAAGAAGUUGAGGAAGUGAUUCCCGAGAUCGUUCAGAAGGAUGAUGGCGGACAAUUGUCUGUUGAUUACUUAGGGGUGAUCCCCUACAUAGUUGAAGCGUUAAAAAGUAUUCACGAGAACACAAUAAGUCUUGAACAGACGUCGAAAGAGGAAUAUUUUGAGAUGAGUAAAAUUGUUGAAGACGCUGUUGGGCAGUUACAAGUCUUAAUGCAAGAACAUGGGAAGAAUAUUUUAGUUGAGAAACAGAAUGAAGGGAAGAUAGUGUCCUUUGAGGUCUUUGGCCCACCUAUAGUUGUGUUAAUGCUUGCUAUAGUGUUUUCGAUCUUUUCGAUAGUGUUACCAUUCUUUGUCCCGUAUUUGUUCUUCACGUUGGGAGUGUUAGUGAUCUUGACGAUAGUGUUGUGGACGGUAGUGAUAGCGCAGAGGAAGAAAUUGAAGGACUUUUUGAUUUUCCGAGUGAUGAAAGUGACGUGGAAGAAGUCACAGUUCUUUGUAUGGUUUGGGAUAGUAGUGUUAAUACACAUAUCGUUUAUUAUAUCGACGGUGUUAGGGUUUGGUGGAUUGAUAUUGACUGCUGCAUUUGUCAUGUUUUAUUCAGGUGUAGGGGUUUGUGUAUAUGUACUUACGAUGUCAAAAGCGUGUAAAUGGAGAUUUGGAUUCACUGUAGUGACAUUCUUGAUUGCACUUGUUCUUGUUCUCAUCACUUCGAUUGUUGUUGCUGCGUUUCAACCGUUUUGCACAUUCAAAAUACGAGAGAUGGACAAGCCGUACUAUGUAAAGAUCAACCCGAAAGAACCAAUCACCCCAAUGGUCUUCUCAUCACCCCCUUGGAAUUGCUUCUCCCCAAAAGUAAGUACAGACGUCCCAUUACCAGGGGAUUUGGCUGUUAUCAUGCCGAGUAGUAAUACCCCUAAUUCAGUGUCACCGACUAUACGGGGGAUAGUAAGUACAGACAUCUCAACCGUUGUAGUCACCGUCAAGAUGACAUGCUCCGGGUUCAUUCCCGUCACUUAUGGGAGUAUUACGUUCAAGUCGUGCGAGACUAAGAGCGAUCAAAAUUCGUGUUUGAGUAAUAAAUGUGGGUGGUGUGAGACGAAUGAAAAGUGUGGGUUUUGUGAGGAUGGCGGAGAAUUUUGUAAUAUUGAUGGAACAAGUGGGUGUUCCUGA